UUUAUUAUCCAAACUGGAUACUCUCGCUGAUUUGCACAUACUGUACAAUGUUUAUAUUAAUGCCGUUAUGUUUUAUGAUGGAGACAGGGAACUCUUGGACUUGUGGUUAGGAUACGUCUGUCAUGCUCUAUACGAUAUUGUUAUCAACGCUCCUUUUACAUUGCAGCAGCUGGAUAAACUCUGGCAUUCGUUUUAGUUCUCGGUUUAGUAUAGUUAGGGAAAUUGAGUCACUGCAUAAUAUGGUGUCAUCAAACAAUCAUUCAUUCACCAUCCUUGGCUUCUUCCUCGUCCUUGUCAUCCUUGUCCUUGCCGUCCUUAUCCUUAUCGUCCUUGUCCUUGUCUUUGCCCAUCAGGUCACUGAGAAUAGGCAAACCCGCCGACUUGGUCAGGCCGGUGAUACCACCGGAGUUGGCGAGAGCUUCAAGGGCAGUACCGCCCUGGAGCUGACGGGCUCGGUUCUCGUGGGCUUGUGUGUUUGUGUUUGUCUGAUAGAUACUAUCAUUAGUAUCUAGGCAGCUCUUAGUUCAUUCGAGAACUGCUAUGCUGUGCUUUGUUAGUCUGUAUUGAGGAAUUGGGUUGAUGGCAUAAGACAUACAAAGGCACUUGGCAGAGGGUAGUAAGAUGAACUGGACUUGGCUGGAC